AUGUCACCACGUUCAUCUCUCAUGGCCGAUCGCUGUAUAUCAUCUGCUACCACUCAUAAACCCCUCAAAUUCUACUUCACAAGUGCAAUAUCACCGCCACCAUCAUCUUCUAUUAUUGAUCGCUUGAUAUCUUCUGCUCCGAUUCACAAACCAUUCAAUUUGGAAGGAAACUUUUCCUCUUCUUCCGUCAAGGAUGUUGAUUAUCCAACCGGAGAUUUUGAUUCCAUUCCACACUCAGCACUCCCCUCUGAGUGUGUUAAAAACGGCAGUGUUCUUCAAAUUUGCGAUAAUUUGUUGAAAGCCAUGUAUGAUCCUCGUAUUUAUGUUGUAUAUCUCAAUAUCCAAAAUUUGAACACUGGUUGGGGUAAACUAGAUGAAAUUCGAAGGCAAAUCUUAAAUUUCAGAAAAUCAGGAAAACUUAUCUUUGCUUAUGUCCCUGAAAUUGGAGUAAAAGAGUAUUACGUCGCUAGUGCAUGUAAAGAAAUAUUUGCCCAUCCUUUAGUUGAGGUUCAUUUGUAUGGACCCACUGUUGACAAAUUUAGUUUUAUUAAGGGUGUUUAUUACAACUUUGACUUUAGCCACGAUACAAUAACUGCAUUAAUGGAUAAUAUUUACUCAAAUUGGCUAGAUGUAGUAUCUUCUUCCACCGGAAAGAAAAGAGAAAAUGUCGAAAACUUGGUAAACUUGGUAACUGAAGGUGUCUAUGAAGUAGAAGAACUCAAAGAAGAGGGUUUCAUAACGGACUUACUAUAUAAGGAUGAUGUUAUCACCAACUUGAAGGAAAGGCUUGGGGUGAAAUCACUGCCUUUUGUUUCUUUCAAAGAAUACUCUCGCGUUAGUAAAUCGACUGUUGGAUUAAUAUCAAGGGCUAAAGAACUAAUAGCCAUCAUUCGAGACGCAGGGUCUAUCACUAGUACAACGGAGUUUGUUGAGAAUAUAUAUAGGGUCAGAGCAUCAACAGAAUUCAAGGUUGUUAUUGUCCGAAUUGACAGUUCAGGAGGUAAAUUUAGGGCAUCUAAUUAUAUGUGGAGAGAAAUGAAACGUCUUGCUGCCGAAAAACCCAUCAUUGCUUCAAUAUCUGAUGUGGCAACAAGUGCAGGAUACACUUAGUACUUAGCAACGGGAGCAGGAGCUAUUGUUGCAGAAAAUAUUACCUUAGUUGGUUCUUUUAGUCCAAAUAAUAGAUACUUUUCCAAAUCAAUGACAAUAGACAAAAUGGAAGAGGUUCCACAGGGGAGGGGGAAGGUUUGGACUGGUAAGGACGCAACAUCUCUCGGUUUGGUUGAUGCUAUUGGCGGGAUGUCUCGUGCUAUUGCUAUAGCAAAAUUGAAGGCCAAUAUACCUCAAAAUAGUGAGGUUACUCUUGUUGAACUCUCAAUACCCUGUCCAACUUUACCCUGGGAGGAGGAGGAAUUUAAUCUUUUUUCGAAGUAAAACCCA